AUGGCUGUGUGUAUGAAGCAGCUGCAGGCGGCGCAAAGAUUCCUAAGUGGAAUUCGCGAGUUGGCGACGUAUGCCAAUUUUGUUGAGAAGCAGGCUGCUGGCGUAAAGAAAUCUUUGGAAAAAAUGCCGGCAGUGAGUCCAGGGGAAGCCGCAGGACUUCUUGGAGCUAUAGAUCCACAGGUCUGGAGCCCUUCCCACGUGGAAGGGUUUCGGUUGCUUUUGGCGAGCAAGACGAAAGCUGUGGUUGCAGAUAAUGUGCGUACGACGCAGCAAGAUUUUGCCACUUUGCCUUUUUUUUUGACUGAAGAAUUAUGUCAGAAAAUUUUAGGUGAGGGUACUGACAGAGAUCAGUUGCUUUUUGACGUGUGCGCCCACGCGGCGAAGCUGACGUUGCGGGUUGCAACGGAAGGUAGCAAAGCAACGAUUAUCGCGUUGGCCUACUGGACACAGUUAUGCCAAGGAAUGACUGCGAAGGAAAAAUACAACUUGUACCUGCAGAAGAAGCCCGUUGUGACAAAGUACUUGUCUGUGCCUCCAUCGUCCACGACCAUUUUGGAGUUGCCUGUGUCAUGGAAAGAUUUGCCCAGUGAAGUUGCACAGUCUGUGUUUCCUACGGGGAAACCGAUGGAGCAGAAGGAGUUUGCUGCUGAUGUCAUGCAAUUCGUGCGCAAUAUGCCUUUGCGAAAGGAUCAUAAACUUCUGCAGGGGGAAGCGGACAUCGCUGCAGGUUCUGUGUCCUCAGGGUCUGCAUCGUCUGGCUUAAGUGUGGAUGCGAUCUGCAAGGUCGUAGAAGCAUGUUCGCGGGGAAUGCAGAAUGCUGGGACACAGCAAGUAUUAUCGCUGUCGAGUCCGGUAACAUGUCCGGUGCCUGCGCAAAAGGAGCUGUUGGCGAUUGAAGAUGGUCUUGUGGAAGAGAAGACACCUACGGGGUGUCUUCCAAAAAAAUCUGUGCAAGACGAGCAGAAGGAUCCGGAGAUGUCAGUGGAACAGCAGUUGGAAGCAUUACAAGGCAACGCUCGUUUGUUGGAGGAAGCAGCUUUGAAACGUCCUGCGUCAAAGAAGGGCUUGAAGCGGCCAGCAGCUGCAAAUGGCACGGUUGCGUACGCCGCAAUUUGUGCCGCUGAGGGAUCUACGGGAUCAUUGCAGGGAGGGACUGGCAGGGGAAGGCCAAUCAAAAGCUCUUUGCUCAGAGGGCGCAAAGCACCAGCCCCACUUCGUAGUGAUUGCAACCAGACGGAUUGGACAACCUCGAAGGUCUCGACAAGCUCAAGACCGAAUUGGCAAACCAAUUAUAUGAAGGAAUUACGAAACUGA